AUGGCAGCUGACGACGUUGUAGCCAUUGACGGGCGGUGGUAUCAGUACUUGGGCAGCAAUGGCAGGAUUCUGGCAUGCAGGCGCGUUGCUGCUGGGCGGCAUGGGGCUGCGUCGAGGAUGCAUUCGAUGACAGCAGUCGGCCACUCGCACAUGCAACACGUUCCCAAGGGAUGCAGCAACCAAGAGCGUCGUGGGACAGCGGAUGCGGGCCGCCAAUGGGGGUGGUGCCAGGCGCCGGGCGUGCACCGCGAUACGCUGGCCGCAUCAACAGCCGCUACGGCUAGCGAGCUGGCCAUGUCGAGUGACAAGGCGCCACGCCGUCCAGCCUGGCGCUGCCUCUCCCAUGGCCGCCGCGAAUGCCAGCGCAGGCCGCCUCCGCGUCACGCAGCGUCUGCACCAACGUGCCGACAGGCCAUCCACGGCCUCUGGCUGCUGACGGCCGCGAGCCCGACUCCCGCGGCCGUCUACCCUCUGCCCGCGCCUGCAGCGGCCCUGGGCAGCGGGGUGUGA